AUGAAGGUACCGUAUUGGAUGACCAAAAAAGAGCUGGCUGAGCAGCUCAAGUUUGACGUGUAUAAGAACAGAAGGGAAUUAGAGAAAUUUGAGCUUGAGUGGUUCCUAGCUGGAGAGAGAUGGGCAUCCUGCAUUACCAUUACUGAGGCAGCUUUGGCACUGUGGAAGAACUUGUUUAAGAUGGCUCUCAGGAUUGGAAAGAGGAAGGUUGUUGCGUUAUUCAAAGUUUGCUGCCGUCGUUCUGCUUGCCUUUCCCUCAUGUUUGCCCCAAUAUCCUUUAUUAAUUGGACGUGGGUGCAGGGUGAUGAAACCGCAGGGUCAUCUGAGGAUGACUUAAGUGCAGGAGAGAUGCCAGAGUACUUGGGUGUUACAAGGAAGCUGACAAGGUUGCUCUUGCUGAAUCAACUGGCCUUGACCAGAAAAAAUAAACAACUGGUUCAUAAACCAGCGGAAACGUCACUGGAGACCUUCAGAUACCACGCAAUUUGCCGUAAUGGACAAUUUUUAUGGCCCAUUUUACUGAUAAUUGAG